AAAAAAAAUCAAGCAAGCGUUUAUUAGCACACUAAACAACAAUGUCGUUCGCUGACCGAGUGUCCGACUUUUCCGAGCGGCUAACUCACUUUCUGAGUCGAAACCAAGAUACAGUGAGACUGACCUUAACUGUGGUGGCUACCUCAGCUCUGACUGCAACGAGCAUAUUGGGAUUCCAAGCAGUUCGACGACAAAGAAAAGUUCGAUCGAUCAAAGAAGAAGUAGCUGCGGCUCCUAUUCAUUCAACACAGCUCACAUCGUUUGGAACUCUACCUUUGAACGAAAACAGCUUUGGCAAAAAAUCUUCUCAGGCAGAAGAAUUUGAAGAGUCACUCAUACACGAGCAGUUAUCUCGCAACAUUGCAUUUCUCGGCGAAGAUAACGUCCAAAAGAUCAGAAAAUCUUUUGUUAUCGUUGUGGGUGCUGGCGGUGUCGGUUCAUGGGCAGCCUUGAUGCUUUUAAGAUCAGGAGUUGAGCGAAUUCGUAUCAUUGACUUCGACCAGGUCACACUGAGCAGCUUGAACAGACAUGCUGUUGCUACUCAAGCUGAUGUCGGUACACCAAAAGUCAAGGCAAUUCAAAAACAUUUCAAAGAAAUCGUGCCACAAGCAAAAAUAGAUGCAAGAAUAGAGCUCUUUUCUGCCGAGAAUGCUAGCGAGUUACUAGCAGGCAAUCCUGAUUAUGUUAUCGAUGCCAUUGAUAAUAUUGAAACCAAGGUUGACUUGAUUCAGUACUGUUACGAACACAAGCUACCAGUAAUGGCUUCAAUGGGUGCUGGUGCUAAAGCAGAUCCUACUAGGAUUCAAAUUGCGGAUGUGAGCAAUACAUUUGAGGAUCCCCUCGCGCGAUCUGUGCGAAGGAAAUUGAAGAAGCGAGGUAUUGUUUCUGGAGUGCCUGUGGUAUAUUCCACAGAGAAGCCUCAUCAUGUGAAGCUUUUACCGUUAGAGGAGGAAAAGGUUGGAAACGCUGAUGACUAUGCUGCUCUUCCCGAAUUUCGCUCUCGAAUUCUACCAGUCUUGGGAACCAUUCCCAGUAUGUUCGGAAUGGCAUUGGCCACACAUAUUAUCCUUACCCUUGGUAAUUGGCCCAAUUUCGAGCCAUUGGCUGUAAAGAAUCGCGAUAGCACAUACCACAAGAUAUAUAAGGAAUUGCUAGUCAGAGAGGGGGCCCAAUUUAAUCAGAAAACGCUUCCAUUUGAUAUCAAAGAUGUUGGUUAUAUUUUUGAAGAGAUGUGGUUAGGAAAGAGUAUCUUGUCUGGCCCUGCUGAUAAGCCCGCGUUAGUCCGCUGGGAUAGAAGAAAACCUCUCGGUUUUACAAACGUUAUUUGUUUGACAAGAGAAGAGGCCGCCAAGCAUGAUCAACUUCCAGAUGAUGUAGAUAUCGCAGCUCACUAUGGAGAAGGAUGGUCGAAAAGAGAUUCAAGCAAGAAAAAAUUAUCCAGGAAUACUGGAAAUAAUUCGUUAUGGAAGUGACGGAUAUUUAUUUCGUCAUAUAAGAAGACACAGUGUACAUUUAGCGCAAUAAAAUUAAAAAGAAGUAGAAGCAGAAGUGGGGUGAGCAUGUCACUAUUGUAAAAUGUAUGUACAUAUGCUAUUGUUGCAUGGUAUAUGUGGAAUGUAAAUCAGUGCACAAUUUGUUGCUUAAGCCAAAAUAAAAAGUAAGUGAGGACAGU